AUGGGCACACCCUUCUGGGCAACGACCUACAGUAAUAAAGAACCCAAUAACCAAGGGAAUGAAGACUGCCUGCACAUAUCUGCCGAAAGAAGUUAUUACAUGAGUGACCAAAGUGGUUUCCACGCAAAUUCACCUUUACGUGAGGAAAACAGGGUAUCCGUUGCCCGGAAUGCGACAGCACCCACAUCCUGCCCCAGGCCAUACCUGGAGCUCGCUGGCCUCUGCCUGGCGUUCAUCACAUGGGCGGACCAAGUCUGGGCAGAAGCGCGUCAGACGUGUCAUGGGCUGUCAGGAGAGCUGGCAGCCCUCACCGGUAUUGAGCAGCUGAGAGCAGUCUAUCUGUACCUGCACCAGGAAUCAAUUACCUAUGACAGUUUCUGGCUCGGGGGCUCUGACAUCGAGAACUCCUUUUUGGAGGCUUUGGUAGGCCACUACUUUUUUGACGGCCAUUGUGAGAUGUCCCUGAAUCCCCUGUGCAUGAGAAAACAACAAUAA